AUGGCUGCUUCCAUUCUUUUCUUGGAAUUCCUAGCUCUGUCCUUCUCCUUGGCCCUAGCAUUGGAUCCAAGCUCACUUCAAGAUUUUUGUGUGGCAGAUGGAGAUAGCAACGUUGUUGUCAAUGGUUUGGCUUGCAAGUACCCCAAAAAUGUCCAAGCUAGUCACUUCUCUUUCAGUGGACUUCACUUGGCAGGCAACACAUCGAAUGGAGUAGGGUCUAAGGUAACCGCAGUGAAUGUAGUCCAAAUACCAGGACUUAACACACUUGGUAUCUCUGUUGCACGCAUUGACUACGCACCAUCCGGCAUUAACCCUCCACACACACACCCUCGUGCCUCCGAGAUCUUGACAGUUCUUGAAGGCAGCCUUGAAGUUGGAUUUGUAACAUCUAACCCUGGAAACCGUCUUAUUACCAAGGUCUUACAAAAGGGUGAUGUCUUUGUGUUCCCUAUCAAUCUUGUUCACUUUCAAAGAAAUGUGGGAAAGAGCAAUGCGGUUGCCCUAGCAGCCUUGAGCAGCCAAAACGCAGGUGUUAUCACCAUUGCAAAUGCUGUGUUCGGGACUAAUCCGGAGAUCCCUGAUGAUAUUCUUGCAAAGGCUUUCCAGUUGGACAAGAAUGUAGUCACUUUCCUACAAUCAAAGUUCUAG